AUGAGGCUUACGGCGGGUAUUCUUAUGGCCCUAGUGGCUCUUAUGCAGUGCAGCAACACUUUUCUUCCUGCAAAUGCAGAAGGAGAGAAACUAUUAGAUGUAGCAGCAAAAAAAGCAGUAGAGGAAUCUGUUGCUGUUCCUGUUGGUGAGUUAUGGCGGGAUAUAUACAGCUUACUAGUUCGUCAGAAGGGAGCGGAGGCAGCAAGACGUUUACGCUAUCUGUUAUCUGGUAUAACGGGCAGAAAUGAUCCAUUGGACUUAGCAAAGUUUAUUAUGGAUAAGAUAAAGAGGGAAGUAUUCAAUAAUCGUGUUAAUAAAAGAACAUGGGAAUGGCUUACCAUGGAAUUAUAUGAAGUAUUAAAAGAAUGGUGGCAAUUAACACCAGAAAAUCCAAGAGAUUCUGCAGAUAUAGGUACAUGGCAAGCCUUAAUAAAUCUACAGAAAAAUACUAUGGGUCCUGCACUAAGAGGAAGCAAUAAGAUUGGUGCAAUUAACGAUUUACUCCUUGACCCUGAACUUGAAUUAAUUCGAAAAUGGGUGAGUGAGUGGAAGGGUGCACCUAUGCCUCGUAAUAAGGACGAUUAA